UUCCACUCUGUAGCCCACGCUGGAGUGCAGUGGCUCGAUCUCGGCUCACUGCAACCUCUGCCUCCCGGGUUCAAGCGAUUCUUGUGCCUCAGCCUCCCAAGUAGCUGAGAUUACGGGCGGGCGCCACCACUCCUGAAUAAUUUUUCUAAUUUUAGUAGAGACGGGGUUUUGCCAAAUUGGCCAGACUGGUCUGGAACUCCUGACCCCAGGUGAUCUGCCCGCCUCGGCCUCCCAAAGUGCUGGGAUUGCGGGCGUGAGCCACUGCGCCCAAUCAGCAUAUAAUUCUUUUUUAGUUUUGAGACGUAGUCUCACUCUGUCUCCCAGGCUGGAGUGCAAUGGUGUGAUCUCAGCUCACUGCAACCUCUGCCUCCCAGGUUCAAGCAGUUCUGCCUCAGCCUCUUAAGUAGCUGGGAUCACAGGCAUGCACCACCACACUCAGCUAAUUUUGUAUUUUUAGUAGAGAUGGGGUUUCACCAUGUUGGCCAGGCUGGUCUCGAACUCCUGACCCCAGGUGAUUCACCCGCCUCGGUCUCCCAAAGUGUUGGGAUUACAGACGUCAGCCACCGUGCCCAGCCCAUUCGGCAUAUAAUUUUUGAGUGCCUACUACGUGCCAGGCACAGUGAGAUGAGGCAUACGUGCUGUGGUGGCCUUCCAAGUUCACGGGAGGGGAAAUGGGUGACCAAGCACUGUAUGGGAGAGGUCUCCCUGGGGCCUGUGCAAGACUGGAAGAGGUUCCUGACCAAGCCUGGGCCUCAGAAAAGAUUACUCUAACGAAGUGACUUCUGAAGGGAAUCACGAAAGACUACGAGGAGUUUGCCAGGAUAAGAGGAACAAGGGCAAAAGCUGCAAGGCAAAAAGAGUCUACAGCAGGCUGGAAGCCCUCUGGGGGCAGUGUAGGCUGCUUCUGAGGCCCAAGUGUGCCUGCAGCUUUAACGCCUUCCACAUUUUCCCUGUAUACAAACACUAGGCUAUCCGGGGGCCCGCUUUAAGGUGGACCCAACUGCGGAAGGCUGAACUCAGAUGGCAGCAGAUAGCGGGAGUACCAGAUGCUGAGUCCUCCAGGAGGUGAGCAACCUAGAGGCUUUCCAGGCAGGGCACGGCUGGGGACGCCAGGCCCAGGACAGAAGUUUGUGUGGUCCACCUUAAGCGAGAGGCCGAGCCUGGCCAGGCCCCGCCCCGCAUGGGGGUGCUCGACCAAAGGAGGCUCUGGCGGGCGACGGAAGGUGGGUCCAAGGAGCCAGCUUGGAGCCCUAGCCUUCCGAGGCUCCACUACUAGGCCAAGCCACGGCCCUAGCUCCACCCCACAUGUAGAGGCGUCCAUGGGCGGAGCGAGCCGCUCCAUACCCUAGGAUCCACUAUCCGCUCUAGCGGCCAGAAGCGCGGCCAGCUUCCCCUGCGGAAGCGUUCACUUUAAGUCUGGCCGGUAGGCAGUCCCAGAUCUCGCGGGAUCCGACGCCCCGAUUGUCGCGAGAGGAGCAAUCGGCUCCUAUUGGCUGUGAGGGUUGAAUGUAAGAUGGCGCCCAGGGAGCUGUGAGGAGAAAACCCUGUCGGUCUUGGAGCGACGACGGCAGAACCAGGGUCCCUGGCGGUGCGGCGGGGCCGGCGGGUACAGCGGAGGCGGCGGCGGCGGUGACGUCGCCGGAAUAUUAGAAGUCUUAAGAACUCAGGACAAGCAGCAGAAAUACAUGCAACAUGGUGACUGGAACCCUAAGGACUCUGCAAUAUGAAUAAUUCCCUAGAGAACACCAUCUCCUUUGAAGAGUACAUCCGAGUAAAGGCACGGUCUGUCCCGCAACACAGGAUGAAGGAAUUUCUGGACUCACUGGCCUCUAAGGGGCCAGAAGCCCUUCAGGAGUUCCAGCAGACAGCCACCACUACCAUGGUGUACCAACAGGGUGGGAACUGCAUAUACACAGACAGCACUGAAGUGGCUGGGUCUUUGCUUGAACUUGCCUGUCCAGUCACCACCAGUGUUCAGCCACAAACCCAGCAAGAACAGCAGAUCCAGGUUCAGCAGCCGCAGCAGGUUCAGGUCCAGGUGCAGGUACAGCAGUCUCCGCAACAGGUCUCGGCUCAGCAGCUCUCCCCACAACUCACCGUUCACCAGCCUACUGAGCAACCCAUCCAGGUCCAGGUGCAGAUCCAAGGCCAGGCACCACAGUCAGCAGCCCCCUCCAUUCAGACCCCGUCUCUGCAGAGUCCCAGUCCCUCGCAGCUGCAAGCAGCUCAGAUCCAGGUGCAGCACGUGCAAGCAGCCCAGCAGAUCCAGGCUGCAGAAAUCCCGGAGGAGCACAUCCCACAUCAGCAAAUCCAGGCUCAGCUGGUGGCUGGCCAGUCUCUUGCUGGUGGUCAGCAGAUCCAAAUCCAGACCGUGGGUGCCCUUUCCCCACCACCAUCCCAGCAGGGCUCACCCCGGGAAGGGGAGCGGCGGGUUGGCACGGCCAGUGUCCUCCAACCAGUGAAGAAGCGCAAAGUGGACAUGCCCAUCACUGUGUCCUACGCCAUCUCAGGGCAGCCGGUGGCCACCGUGCUGGCCAUUCCACAGGGCCAGCAGCAGAGUUAUGUGUCUUUGAGGCCAGACUUACUGACAGUAGACAGUGCCCACCUGUACAGUGCCACUGGGACCAUUACUAGCCCUACAGGAGAAACCUGGACCAUCCCUGUUUAUUCUGCCCAGCCCCGGGGGGACCCUCAGCAGCAGAGCAUUACCCACAUUGCCAUUCCCCAGGAAGCCUACAACGCAGUUCACGUCAGUGGCUCACCCACAGCCCUGGCAGCUGUUAAGCUGGAGGAUGACAAGGAGAAGAUGGUGGGCACCACAUCUGUAGUGAAAAACUCCCAUGAAGAGGUAGUGCAGACCCUUGCAAACUCUCUCUUUCCAGCACAGUUCAUGAAUGGCAACAUCCACAUUCCAGUGGCUGUGCAGGCUGUGGCAGGCACGUACCAGAAUACGGCUCAAACUGUCCAUAUAUGGGACCCCCAACAGCAACCGCAGCAGCAAACUCCCCAGGAACAGACACCACCACCACAGCAGCAGCAGCAGCAACUCCAAGUUACUUGUUCAGCUCAAACUGUCCAGGUUGCUGAAGUUGAACCACAGUCACAGCCACAGCCUUCCCCAGAACUUCUGCUUCCAAAUUCUUUGAAGCCAGAAGAAGGGCUUGAAGUAUGGAAAAACUGGGCCCAGACCAAGAAUGCUGAACUGGAGAAGGAUGCUCAGAACAGAUUGGCACCCAUUGGGAGGCGCCAACUGCUGCGAUUCCAGGAAGAUCUCAUCUCCUCUGCUGUGGCAGAGUUGAAUUAUGGGCUCUGUCUAAUGACACGGGAAGCUCGAAAUGGAGAAGGUGAACCCUAUGACCCAGAUGUGCUCUACUAUAUUUUCCUGUGUAUUCAAAAGUAUCUUUUUGAAAAUGGAAGGGUAGAUGACAUUUUCUCCGAUCUUUAUUAUGUUCGGUUCACGGAGUGGCUACAUGAAGUUCUGAAGGAUGUUCAGCCCCGUGUCACUCCACUUGGCUAUGUCUUGCCCAGCCACGUGACUGAGGAGAUGCUAUGGGAGUGCAAGCAGCUUGGGGCUCACUCCCCCUCCACCUUGCUGACCACCCUCAUGUUCUUUAAUACCAAGUACUUCCUAUUGAAGACAGUGGACCAGCACAUGAAGCUGGCCUUCUCCAAGGUCUUGCGACAGACAAAGAAGAACCCUUCUAAUCCCAAGGAUAAAAGUACGAGUAUCCGGUACUUGAAGGCCCUUGGAAUACACCAGACUGGCCAGAAAGUUACAGAUGACAUGUAUGCAGAACAGACAGAAAAUCCAGAGAAUCCAUUGAGAUGUCCCAUCAAGCUCUAUGAUUUCUACCUCUUCAAAUGCCCCCAGAGCGUGAAAGGCCGGAAUGACACCUUUUACCUGACACCUGAGCCGGUGGUGGCCCCCAACAGCCCAAUCUGGUACUCAGUCCAGCCUAUCAGCAGAGAGCAGAUGGGACAAAUGCUGACCCGGAUCCUGGUGAUAAGAGAAAUUCAGGAGGCCAUCGCAGUGGCCAAUGCAAGCACUAUGCACUGAGAUGCCUUGGCCGUGGCGCAAGAGAAACCAGCCAGGAAAAACCAGACAGACUUUCACACUAAAGAAGAGGCCUCCAUUUUUUCUUUUUUCUUUUUUUUAUCGGUGUAGUUACGAAGCCUUUCAGGCUGCUUCUGUUUAAAAUAUAAAAGAAAACUUUGCCCCCCUUUGCAUCUUCAUAAACCUGCUGCGGCAGACUCCUCAGCCGAUGGUGGCUCUGGGUUUCCUUGAGUGUCAUAUGUCCUAGAAGGUUGCUGGCUGACUCUUUUUUGUCUGGGGCCUGGGGAAAGGGCUUGGACUGUGAAAAGAAAUGUGGCCCCUUUCCAUCUUCAAGAGAGAUGGAAUUAAUGAUGGAUGGACCCUGCAGGGAAUCUCCCCAGCCGACUUCCACUGGGCUGACAGACUUUGCUGACCACAGGGGAACGAUGUUCUUUUCUUUCUUCAUGCUCAGACAUAAACUUAGCAUCUUAAUGGAAGAAAAAUGAGGGGAACUUCAAUUAUGAUUUAUUAAAGACAAUUUCUAUUACACCCUCCUUUAUGACAAGUGACAUUUUAGAUGUAAAAGUAAAAACUUUACCAUGCCUUUUUUUUUUUUUUUUUUGGCCUAACAUUGAGGCCUUAAAACCUGAGGCUCCUGUGCCUGAUGGAAUUCUUGUAACAUACACUUGUGUAUCAUAUAAAGAUACCACUCUUGUUUCUCUUAUGUAUUCCUACUCUAGUUGUUUAUUAAGAAUGACAAGCACGUCUUUUCAACA